GUUGAUAUCUUAUAACUCACGUGACUAAUCACUUGAAAUCACUGCUAGAGGCGUGCAGCCCAUCAUGACAACGGAGGGAACAACCGAGAAUCCGUCUGUUGAUGAUAUGUUGUAUCUACCAGGAGGAGACUCAGAAAGUGAGUACGCCGUCGUUCCUAGGUCUUCCACGUCUUGCGCGCCUCGUUUCCCUCCCUCAUCAGCAGCAGAUUCGUCCACUGACAUCUACGUGAACGUCGAGAUGCUGAAGAAUGGACCGGAAGGAAAGGUAGACUUGGAAGACCCGGAUAAAGCGCUCAUUCACAAAGACUCUGACGCUGAACCGGUCGAGUCAGCCGCUUCAUGCGAUGCUUCAGACCAACAAAGGAUAACUCGCAGCGAAACGUUUGAAUACGGCGAGGUUGCCUUCAUUGGCGACGUCUUGCGAAGAGAGGAAGGAAGUAAGGACGGACACGAGAGUGACAGACCGGCUGGAGAAGGUGAUAUAAAGUACGGAGAACUAGAACUGAGCCCUCCGUCUCAAGGAGUCAUUGGAGAGAAGGGAGAUACGGUGUACGACGAGGUAGCACACGAACUGAGCCCUUUAGCUGCAAGUAGUCCACUUACACAGGAAGUUGCAGCGAGGCGGAAGAAUCCGUUUUUGUCGCCUCUUCAACCGUUUACUGCAGCUGGCGGCAAUAAUUCUGCGAUUGCAGAUUCUUGGAUCUACAAGUCCCUAGACGUUGAAUCUCGUGUAACAAAAGACGCUUACGAUCCUGUUGUUUUUACUGAGGAUUCUGGGUUGUAUGAAUCGAUAGAAGCGCCACCGUCAAGAAAACAGGCACAAAAGGAAAACGAAGAGUUGGAUAAGACGGAGGGAGAAGAAGAAGGUAUCUACGAGCUUGUGCGUCCUCCCAAGUCUUCCAUGCAGGCAUCUCAACCAGCAGAGGGGGAACGUAGUGGGACUCCAAUGUCGGAGGUGUCCGAGGUGUCGUCAUUUGACUCUGAUGAGAUUGUGGAGGAAGUCAACGAGUCUUCUGAGCUACAUCUCUCUUUCAAAAUGUCAACCAUGGAUCAAGAACGUCAUGUAUUGUUACCCAAGUUCUUGUUGAUGGAAAAAAAGCAGAGGCAAAUAGAGCAACAAGGAUCAUUUGUGCUUGCAUCGAGUCCUUAUCUGAACAGGGCAGAACAACAAGCGGUGAUGGAGUCCAUAGAUCAUAAACGACCAGCCAUACUUCCGCCGAGACCCAAAGUCUUGGACAGAAUGGAAACAAAGCGAUAUUUGAUUCUUGAAACAAUUAUCAGAAGUGAGACAAGCUAUGUGGAAUCGUUGAAACGUUUAGUUGAGAAUUAUGCCCAACCUCUGUUGAGUGCUACAGGACGUCUGCUAAGUAAAGAGAAAGUCGACAAGAUCUUCUACAAGAUUCAAGAUAUUUGGGUUCAUCACCGAAUGUUCCUUGUUACGUUGUCAGAUCGGGUGUCACAAUGGAAUCCGUUUACAAAGAUUGGAGACAUAUUUGAAGGAUCGUUUGCUCGUCAGAUGGUGUUAAACGAUUACAUUGCCUUUGUCAACAACUUUGAAUCAGCAAUGGAGACACUCAACCAAGCAAAACACGACAACAGUUCGUUUCAGAAAUUUUUGAAGGAUUGUCAGUCAAGAUUUCCAGACAAGUUGGACAUCAAGAGUCUCAUAUUGAAGCCGAUUCAACGCUUUCCACAAUUUAUUUGUUGUUUGCAGGAUAUGGUGAAGCACACACCAAGUGGGCAUCCUGAUAGAUUUCCUCUACAAAUGGCACUGACUCAACUGGAGUUUGUUGCAAGCACACUGAACGAGCAGAAACGUGCCAUCGAGUCAUACCUUUGUGUUCGAGAUAUUGAGAAGAGAAUGGUUGACCUUGAAGAGUCUAUUCAGGCUCCAGGAAGAGGCUUUGUGCAGCAAGAUUUUGUCCAGCAACAGGUUAUAAAGAAGGGUCAGUUGGCAAACAGAACAUGCUGUUUGUUUUUGCUUUCGGAUGUUCUCAUCUGUGCAUCUCUUGUGAAGAGUGAGUCACACAAACCUGCAAGCUCGUUUGCUUGUAAGGGAAAGUACAAGUUCAAAUGGAUGGUGCCUCUAAGCAACGUUCACGUGGUGGAUGUAGAUUAUGCUGUACUUAAGAAGAAGGAGAUGAUGAAACGUCGGUCACGCUAUCAUCCUGAUGAAGGUGGGCUAGAUGCUGCUUAUGACGAGUUGCGGCAAAAGCAGACCAAUCUCUUGCAUGAUUUUGACAUUGUGAGUCAGAUUGCCAGUCUUGUGUCUUGUCUGAAACUGAAGUACAAGAUAUUGGAUGACAAGAAGGUCAAGCAGUGGUGUAAGCAGCUGCAGAUCAACAUGGUAGACGUUGACAAGAAAGUAAUUGCUCAACAAGGAUCACGGUUGGAUCUUCUCGUGCCAACACCAAGGAACGAUGAGAGUGUGUGCACAUUUCUAAUGCAAUCACCCGAAGCAAAGGCGAAGCUGAUUACUGCCAUUCACAUAGCGCUUAUCAAGAAGACAAAGCAAAACAAUCCUGGUUGGUUGAGAGUUGAUGCUAAUGACGACGAAGAUACAGACGAGGCAUCGGUUGCCGAGACCAGAUCACUGCCACUUUUCUUGACAAACCUGCAUGCUUGUCCGACCGCCAUGAACAUCAAAAUGUGUUGUGCUGCUAUCAGUCGUGUGCUUGCUCCACCUCUGCUUGGCUAUUCAACUGGUCCUUGUAUAUGGGUUUGCAGUUAUGACGAGAAAGAGGACAGCGGCCUUGUCAGCAUUUUUAUUGAUAGCAAGCCAUACCCACGUGUGUUGGAGAGCUUCUCCGCUUGUAUGUCCGAACCUCUUUGCAUCGCUCCAGUUCUACUGCAAGACACGACGGGCGGACGUUACAAUUUUACUCCUACAAUGUGGAUCGGGACAAGGAGCGAAGGUGUCGUGCUGUUUGAUGCACAAAUGAAUCGAAGCGAACGAAAACCGUUGCUGCAACUACCAUUUCACGUAUCCGUCAGAAGUAUAGCAUCUACUGGUGGUCGUGUGUACGUUGGUCUCGGCAGUGGAACACUGACGGUGUUUUCAGCUGAACGCAUGUGUCAAAUUGUGGAGCAAGUUCCAGAUGAACGUUGUUCGGGUUCAUUGGCUCGUCAGGCGGAUAUGAAUUUGAGUUUACAAGCAGUCAAUUGUAUAGUAGUUGUUGGCGAUGAAGUGUGGUGUGCAUCGGGUUGCACUAUUUACAUCAUAAGUGAUGAAACGUUAACUAUCAAGGACAUCAUUGAAGUGGACGCUGCAGAAAUGGUAGUCAUCCACACUAUGGUUGGCGUUGGAUCCGGUCUAUGGUUGGCUCUUUCCAAUUCGCCGACUGUUCGUCUGUAUUAUACCGAGACGCGGCAGUUUGUUCAAGAGGUUGCAGUGAAUAGAACGAUUCACAGCCUUGAUCCCGGCUACUUCAAACGUCAAUCUGAAUCGUCUAGUAGGAGCACACGUGCAGUGACGUGUAAUGUCACGUGUCUAUUUGCAGCUCACGGCCAUCUCUUAGUUGGCACGUCUUGUGGUCAUAUCGUUGGACUUCCUAUUGCUCAACUUGAGGGCAUCCCGAAAACGAGUGGCAAAGCGGUGUUGAGCGUUCAUCACUUCAACGAUUCAGCUGUGCGCUUUCUCGUGUCUAAUGAUAAUCAGAUCCACUUGAGUGGCAACUUGCGAAAAGCAAGUACAAUGUCUCAAAAUUCUUCCUGUUAUAUUGACUUGAUUGCCAUGCAAAGAAAAGAGGACGAACAGAAAGACGACGAUCAGCGGUUGAAGUCUGGUGCGGACAAAGAGCAGCAGGCAGAGAUUUGUCAAGCAGGAGAGCAGGAGUCAUCAGAGUCGGAGUCACGAGAGCAUGAGUUGAAAACUGGUGCAACUGUAGAAAUCAGUAGUGCUAGUAGUGACGAACAAGAGCACAAAGACGCCACGACAACAGACAAGGAGUUGAAUGAAGGAUACGAGGCUCCUUGGGAUUUCGUAAACAAACAAAGAGCGAAGAGCCCGGUCGUGAAUCUGGAGGACGAUUUGUACGGGCUGAUUCAGUCACGCUCGUUUUCGUGUGCGAAAAUCUCUGACGACCAAACGAGCAUCAAAAUACGCUAUCAGCUUCUAAUGGCUGGUGGAGACACUUACAAAUGGGGAGACAAUGUCGCUGAUGAUGGACAAGUGAUAAUGUGGAGAAUUAAUUAUUGAUACGGAUUAUAUAUGAAUUUCGUUUGUUAGUUGGCGAUGAGUGGGUGUGUGUCACGUUGUAUCAUUUGCUUUCUAUAGGUUUGUAUUUCUGGAGUUACACAGGAAUUUUUGUUGAUACUGUUACAAUGUAGUGUUGCAUAAACUUCUUUAAUAUCAACUGCCUGGAAGGCUAGAAAAGGGACGAAUUUCUAAGUUACAAUGUAUCACUAACAGACUGUUAUUUUGUAGGGUUUGUUGUUUCUUAGUGUUUCUAGUUUAAAAAUACCUUGAACAAUAGUACAA